AUGCGAUCCCAGCCGUCGUUGAUAUUGCUCGCCGUCCCUAUGGCCCUAGCUGCUCCGGCUCCAGCAACUGGAAAUUUUGGCUCUGCAACUACGCAAAAUGGUCUCACUGCUGGCGGGUGUAAGCCUAUGACGGUUAUCUUCGCCCGUGGUACAACUGAACAAGGAAAUGUUGGGUCACUUUCGGGGCCUCCUUGGUUCGCUGCCAUUGGAACAGCAAUCGGAACUCAAAAUCUCGCUGUUCAGGGUGUGGAUUACCCAGCCGAUGUUCCAGGCUUUCUGGCAGGUGGCGACAAACAGGGAAGCACGAAGAUGGCCCAGCUAGUCAUGCAGGCAAUGACGGCAUGCCCUAAUACAGCUGUUGUGAUGGGCGGAUAUAGUCAGGGAGGACAGCUCGUCCACAACGCAGCAGCAAUGCUUCCACCCGCGAUGGCUGCUAAGGUUUCUUCGGCGGCCAUUUUUGGGGAUCCAAUGAACCCGCAAAGACAAAGGUCAUCUGUCAUAAAGGAGACCUGA